ACCCAGCGUCGGAAAUUGGAGCUGAUAUAUCCAUUCCCCUGCUUCUUGACAGCUAGCUAGCUAGCUGCGUCCAUGGAGACCAAUGCCUGCGCUGCUGCUCUGCUCGCCGAGCUCAGCCAAGCCAAGGAGCUGCUCAAGGAGCUGGAGUUAAAUCUGCAUUGCCUUGACCUCUGCAAGGCUCUAACUCCUAGGAUCACUUCCUCCAUCCACAACUCAAUUCUCAUGGCAGAAUCCUUCGAAGCCAACGCCGGCCACGAUAGGCCUCCGUGCUCCUCGCUAGCCCUGCGACCUCGCACCUUGACGCCCAAGAGAAGGUACGUUCGUAAUUCGCAUGCACGCAGUACUGUCCGCAUGGUCAUGAAAGUACGUAUAAUUUGCAGGAAAUCUCUGUACUCGUGGAGGUGCCAAGUGAGGGUGGGCACGGUGGCCGGCGGAGUGGAAGGUCCGGGGGAGGACGAUGGCUUCACCUGGAGGAAGUACGGCCAGAAAGAGAUCCUCGGAGCCAAAUAUCCAAGGGCCUAUUUCCGGUGCGCUCAUCGGGACUCGCACAGUUGCACGGCAAAGAAGCAGGUGCAACGAUCGGACAACGACCCGUCGGUCUACGACGUCACCUACCACGACUAUCACACUUGCCUCCAGCAGCAGGAGGAGGAGGAGGAGGAGCAGGGAGGUGCAAAUGCAAUGCAGCGCGACCAAGAACAGAGUACUGCGGCGGAGGAAAAACUUGAAGGAGAGGAGGAAUUUGUGGGGAAGAUUGCGCCUUCCUUUGCGCCCCUGGAGGAAAAGCAGUUUUUCUCUGCUUCGCCGUACCAGUUCGGCAGUUCGGGGGCUUUGAUGAAGGAGAGAGCAGUUUGCUUCCGAUGGAGUUCGACGGAGACUGGGAGAUGGACCCUGACAUCAUCUAGGCAGGAGUUGCAUGGAUGGAUGCAAUAAUGCAGGAAUGGAUGUCGACCUUGUCCGCAUCUUGUCAGAGUUGAAUGGAAUGCAAUAAUUAUACUUAGUUAUAGGGUUGUAAAUGAACCAAGUGUUCAUGAAUAAAUUUGAUA